GAACAAGAUUGUGUCUGAGGAGAGCUUGAAGUACAAUUUUGGUCCUUAAAAUUGAAGAGUAUAUCUCGGAUCGGAGUCAGUUUGGCAAAUGGCAUUUCUUGAGCUGUUUGUGGUAGCACUAAUGCCUGUUCUCAAAACACUCAUCAUCACCGCCAUUGGCCUCUUUCUCGCUCUCGAGCGCGUCGAUAUCUUGGGAGCUUCUGCCAGACACAAUUUGAACAACCUUGUGUUCUACGUUUUCUCUCCCGCGCUUGUCGCUAGCAGCCUGGCGGAGACCUUAACAGCAUCCAGCAUUGUUACCUUAUGGUUCAUGUCUGUAAACAUACUCCUGACGUUUAUGAUCGGAUCGGCUCUGGGUUGGGUCCUUGUUAAGGUCACAGGAACUUCUCAAGAAAUUCAUGGUCUUGUCAUUAGUUGUUGUGCUGCAGGGAAUUUGGGGAACAUGCUUCUUAUCAUAAUUCCAGCAGUUUGUGAGGAGAAAAACAGUCCAUUUGGAGAUCCUUCAACCUGCUCUACUAAUGGAAAAGCCUAUGCUUCCCUUUCCAUGGCGAUUGGAGCUGUUUACAUAUGGACAUAUAUAUUUAACAUAAUUCGGGUUUUCGGUAAACCGCGGAGAGAUUCUAGUGCAGACAUAUCGGGUUCCGGUUUCUUGGAUAACUGCAAAGAAGUUUUGCUUUCAAGUCAUAGCUUAAAAUGUGAUCAAGAUCAAGAAGAUCAACAAAUAUGCGAUGAUAAAGAGUCUUCUCAGCAGCAAAAAUCCAUAGUGACGAGGAUUAAAUGGAACAUGAACUUAUGGGCAGAGAGGUAUAACCUAAAAAUGAUGUUUGCACCCUCCACCAUUGCAACAAUCGUCGGAAUUACAAUCGGAGUAGUAUCUGUGUUACGAAAGUUGAUAAUCCUAAAAAAUGCUCCACUUCAUGUUAUUGAUAGCUCCGCGUCUCUGAUAGGGGGUGCUUCAAUACCAGCUAUGACACUUAUAGUUGGAGCAAAUCUUCUUAGAGGGCUAAAAAAACAAUCAGUUGGGGUGUGGGUUCUAAUAGGGGUGCAAGUGAUUAGGUUUAUCAUGCUACCUCUUUGUGGCAUUGCCAUCAUCAAAGGAGCUCGCCAUUUUGGUUUGAUAGGGUCAGAUUCUUUAUACCAUUUUGUUCUCCUUCUCCAAUAUGCACUUCCUUCUGCUAUGGGUAUAGGAACCAUCACUCAGUUGUUUGAGGCCGGGGAGAGUGAAUGUUCUGUGAUAAUGCUAUGGAACUAUACAGUGGCUUCCUUUGCUCUUACUCUAUGGAUUGCAUAUUACAUGUGGAUUUUGUCUUGAACUAUUAUAAUUUAAUUAUUUAUUUAUUCAUGGAGAGUUGCCUCAACUAGUAGUAUUUGUUUUGAGCAUUCUCAAGUUUUUCGUGAUUGUGUUUUGGAGUAAAAUUGGAAAAAUAUUCUUAUUUUCUUUUAGUGUGCGAUUUUUUCUUCUCUCCCAUUAUCUUAAACUGUUUAUCAAACCUAUUUGAAAGUUUUAAUAGGAACAAAGGUAGUAAUAAUUAUCAUUUUUC